AUAAGAGCACAAGGUUUACCAUUUGCUUCAUCAUCUAAUCAUCUUCUUCCCACAAGCAUAGAAAGAAGAUCAUCAAAGGGGCAAAGGGCAAAGGGCAAAAUGCUGAACAAAAAUAGUCAUUUUGUUUUUACAUUUUUGGCAAUAUUUUUGGUCUUGCCCCUUAGUUUUUUCUCCAGUGUAAAUGCCCAUAAACCCUUGAGGCGACAUCUUUUGAGCCAUGAAUCAGAGAGUUAUGCAGUUAUAUUUGAUGCUGGAAGUACAGGCAGCAGAGUUCAUGUCUUUCGUUUUAAUGAGAAUUUGGAACUUCUUCCCAUUGGCAACGAUAUUGAGUUUUUUAUGGCGACAAAUCCAGGUCUAAGUUCAUAUGCAGAUGAUCCUAAGGCUGCAGCCAACUCUCUAGAGCCACUUCUAGAGGGAGCUGAAGGUGCUGUUCCUAAAGAGCUGCAAUCCGAAACUUCCCUCGAACUUGGGGCAACAGCAGGUUUGAGGAUGUUAAAAGGGGAUGCCGCUGAAAAGAUUUUACAAGCGGUGAGAGACUUAGUCAAGAAUGAAAGCACCUUCCAUACAAAAGAUCAAUGGGUCAGUAUUCUUNAUGAUUUAAGCCAAUUGGAUGAGCGACUAUUUAGAUUAAUUCUUUAUUCAACUCUAUUUGGAAUUGAUUUUGAUUUAUUGGUGUUUAUUAAUAUACAGGUGGCAAUAAAUUAUCUAUUGGGAAAUUUGGGUAAAAACUAUAAAAGUACCACAGCAACAAUUGACCUUGGAGGUGGAUCAGUCCAAAUGGCAUAUGCCAUCUCAAAAGAACAAUUUGCAAAUGCUCCUCAAAAUGAGGAUGGAGAACCCUAUGUUCAAGAAAAACAUCUUAUGUCAAAAGAUUACGACCUCUAUGUUCACAGUUAUUUGAACUAUGGACAACUAGCUGGUCGUGCUGAGAUUUUCAAGGCUUCAAGAAACCAUAGUAAUCCUUGCGCUUUGGAAGGAUAUGAUGGGUACUACUCAUACGGAGGAGUGGACUACAAAGUAAAAGCUCCACCAAGUGGUACUAGCUUGAAGAAAUGCAGAGCAUUAACUAGGAAGGCACUUAAAAUUAGAGCACCAUGCAAUUACAAGAACUGCACAUUCAAUGGAGUUUGGAAUGGUGGAGGUGGUGCUGGAACCAAGACUGUGCAUGCUUCAUCAUUUUUCUAUGAUAUUGGUGCUCAGGUUGGCAUUGUGGAUAGCAAAUUUCCAUCAGCAAUAGCAAAGCCAAUUCAGUACCUAAAUGCAGCUAAAGUUGCUUGCAAGACAAAAGCAGCAGAUGUAAAAUCAGUAUUUCCAAACACUCAAGAAAGAAAUAUCCCAUACUUAUGCAUUGACUUGGUAUAUGAGUAUACUUUGCUUGUCGAUGGAUUCCGAUUAAAUCCAUACAAAGAUAUUACAGUGAUGCAUGAUGUGAAAUACAAAAAUUAUCUUGUUGGAGCAGCUUGGCCUUUGGGAUGUGCCAUUGAUUUAGUUUCUUCAUCUUCAAAGAAGACUAGAAUAUCAUCACAUUAGUUUUCUGCUAGUCAAUUGUAACAAUAAUUAUCUUGCACAAUAAUAGUAUGUCAUGCCCUUUGCUUUGUUUUUUUGUCUUGUACUCUCAGUUACCUUAUAUUAAUGAGCAUUACCUGACGGUUUUGAUCUUCUUAUUUAAAA